UUCUCAAGACUCUAGGAUCGAGUUAUUCGGAUAGGAUUCUCGUUUUGAUUGUUGAUUCAAAAGUCACUUCCAAAUAUUCAUUGGCUUUAUUGUCAGUAAAUGAUGGCUUUAUUGUGAGAAGAAUUCCGCAAAUGGUGACAACGUGGAAGAAUUCUUCUAAAAGAUGGUGUAAUAUUGAGGUUGACGAUUGCAGCAGAGACAAUAUUAGUUGAUAAAUUCCACAAGAUCUAGUAGAAAUUCAGAAAGAAAAUCAAAUUUUUUAAAUAAAACUAGGAAUAUGAAGAAGCAGAAUGCCGUUCAAAUUUAACUCGUCAACCAAAAAGUCUAAGCACAAAGAUGUCGCAGAACGUAAGUUAAAAAUUGAUCAAAAUAUUGUGCGUCGACUACGCAUCUCCUUGUCCUUGUGUUUCACGACUCAUUGUCAGUUAUGACUAUUUGUGUGCUGAGGUCCUAAAUCUUCUCAAAGAAUUUUCUCCUUCGGAAGACGAGAAUGGAAUUGGCGACUUCAUAUGAACUUCUUGAACGAGAGAAAGAAAAGGCAUGGAUUGUGGGCAUUAAUGUAGAAAUGUGGUCAUUCCUCAGUUUGUGAAAAUUUUCGACAACGUAUAUGUACACGUUCGAUCACUGUUCCAGAUACUAGUAAGAAGUAGUUCGAAGUAGUUCGAACUGUUUGAAGUCCCUUCCUCUGAGAAAGAAAUAGAAAAAACAAGGGCCAGUAUUAGAGUCUACAGUCUUUUUUAUUUUAACAGUAAAUUUUUCAUCGAAUAUUUGUGUAAAUGUGUAAAAAAGGAACUAAUAAAAUACGGAAUAGAGGAACGCAAUGUCUGAUUUCGUUCGAAUAAACGAGGAACAUAGUGACGUGGAAUAAUCGAGAUUGCGUUAAACAAUUAUGUCCUACAUUAUACCGUCAACGUUAUAAGAUGGCCAAGUCAGAAAUUAAUUUGUUACAAGAACUUUCGGUUAAACGAGGCUUUAUGCCUAUUUAUAAUUUUUCCGAAAACAAUAUUAAUUACAAGAAGGAAUUUAUAUGUAACGUGGUUUGUAAAGAAUUGAUAACACAUGGUACAGGGAGUACAAAAAAAGAAGCCAAACAUAAUGCUGCAAGAAACAUGCUGUCACUGUUAGCCACAAAUCGUAAAAUUUCUUCAUCAGUAGUUACUCCACAAAUAGUUACUUCACCAAUAGUUACCAACGUAUCACAAAAUCCUGAAAAAGUUUUCAACACAUCAAGUGUAUCAUUUCCAAAAGAAUACAAUUCAAAUAAACAGUUCACUGUUGAACAUAAUUACAUUGGAAUGUUGCAAGAGUUCUGCCAACAACGACAAAUAUCAGCGAAAGAUAUUCGGUACGAACUUAUCUAUGACGAAGGAUUACCUCAUAUGAAAACAUUUACUAUAAAAGUCAGCUUGGGAUCACUAUGUGAAAGAGGCACAGGACAGUGUAAGAAGUUCGCUAAACAAGAAGCUGCGAAAAAAAUGCUAUUACAUCUGAAUCCAAAUAUAAUAGCUAAUAAAAACGUGGACACUCAUAUUGCCGUAAAUGAUAGGGAGACACUUGAGAAUAAUAUACGAGAAUUAGGUACAAAAAUAUCGGAAUGUGUUAACAAAGAUACUUUGUCAGUGGAAAAGUUAUCGGAAAAUGCAAAGUCGCUCUAUCUGAAAUGUACUAAAAGAACUAAUAUAAUCAAUCAGGAAAUCAAUCCUUUAAUACUCAAGGACUUCCAUAUGUUAUUUGGAAAUAAUUAUUCCAAUAAAAUUACGUAUUGUAUGAUACAUAAAAUGCAGAUUAUAUUGGAUAAAUAUCCCAGAGAAGAUUCAUGUCUGAUGUAUGAGAUCAGACAAGACAUAGAACAAGUAUUAAAAGUUAAGAUACAACAAAUCACUCCAUAUAGCAAAUCACAGAAUUACUUGAUAUGCUUACGCUUGUUGUCCAAUCCUUGUAUUACGCAAUUCGGCAUAGGUGAGAAUAGAAUGGUAGCAGAGUGUCAUGCCAUGUAUAAUCUCGUGAGAGCUAUUUUAAUUUUUAUUAAUUAAUUCUAAAUGUUUGAAUUUUUUAAUUUUAUAUAUAUUAAUAAAUUCGUGAAUUAUUAAGAUUAUGUAUAAACAUAUAGAACGACAAUUUGUUUAUGAUGGCAAAUAUUUUUACAAUUAAGAAUAUAUACAUUUAC